AUGCUUUCCUUGAGGGAGUUUUGUAUUGCUCUUUACCUAAUGGAGCGAUACAGGGAAGGCCAUCCUCUUGCUCCAACGCUUCCAAGUAGUGUUUUCCUUGAUGAGACUCUGUUGUCCCUGGCAGGCCCACCCAAUGUUUCUUCUGGAACUGCAGGCUGGGGGCCCACUUCUGGUUUGAGACCACAGCAAGGGAUACCUGGUGCCUUGCCGAUCCCAUCUGCUGGUUUGAGGCCUCCAGUGCAGGCAAUGUUUUCUCAAGCUGAUGGAUCUAUGCAAUUUAAUCAGCAAAAGGCAAGAGUGCCGUCAAUGGAGAAUUCACAUGCAAAUCAACUCCAUAAUGGGGAGCAUAAUUCGCUGGAUUUGACUUUUGAAGAGACUGCAGAGUCAGAGAAAAAGGUUGAGGAGAAGGAGAAGGUGCUUCUUGAUUCCAAAGAGAAGCUUGAAUUUUACCGGACAAAAAUGCAGGACCUUGUCUUAUACAAAAGUAGAUGUGAUAAUCGACUUAAUGAGAUCACGGAAAGAGCAUUGGCAGAUAAGCGUGAGGCAGAGAUACUGGCAAAGAAAUAUGAAGAGAAAUACAAACAAGUUGCAGAGAUUGCCUCUAAAUUAACGAUUGAAGAGGCUUCAUUUCGUGAUAUGCAGGAGAAGAUAGUACAAGAAAGCUCAUUACACGCCCAAGGGCAGGGAGACAAUCUAGAGACAGCAAGGGUCACUGAAGAAUAG